CCCGCCCCUCCCCGCCCGAGGCCUCGGACCCGGAGCCGCCUCGCCCGCCCAGCGCCCACCUGGGGGCCGCAGCCGCUGCCCUCCCGCCAGACCGCGCAGGAAGUUGGGAAGGCGACCCGGGCGGGACCGCACGGCCGCAGGAGCGAGGCGGCUGCAGGACCGGACGGGACCGGGCGCUGGAGGCUGCACCGCCGCGCCCCGCCGCCCCUCCGCCCCGCGGCGCAGGUCCUGGCAGCUGCCCAGCAUGUCCCAGUGGCACUCAGACAGCUCCUUGGAGGAGAAGCUCCUGGAAUACCGCUUCCACUCGGAGCUCCGGCUCGAUGCCAGUGGGAACCCAGCCUCUGGGCUCCCGAUGGUCCGUGGCUCCCUGCGCGUCAGGGACAAUGCCGCCUUCCAGCCCGAGGCCCCGGCACCCCCAGAGCCUCAGCUCCCAGGGCACGAGGAGCCACGGCCCAUUGUCCUGAGCACAGAGAGCCCAGCGGCCCUGAAGCUGGGCACCCAGCAGCUGAUCCCCAAGGGCCUGGCCGUGACCAGCAAGUCAAAGACCCCAGCCCGCCACCAGAGCUUCGGGGCAGCUGUGCUCAGCGGGGAGGCUGCUCGGCGGAACCCCCCGCUCCUCCCAGCUGCCAGCUUCUCCUUGGAUGACAUGGACGUGGACAUGGACCCCCGGGGCAUGCUGAGGCGGAACCUACGGAACCAAUCCUACCGGGCGGCCAUGAAGGGCCUGGGGAAGCCAGGUGGCCAGGGGGACGCCAUCCAGCUAAGCCCGAAGCUGCAGGCUCUGGCCGAGGAGCCCGGCCAGCCUGCCACUCGGAGCACGGCCAGACACAAGAAGACGCUAGGGCGGAAACGCGGACACAAGGGCUCCUUCAAGGACGACCCCCAGUUCUACCAGGAGGUCCAGGAGCGGGGCCUGAACACCAGCCAGGAGUCUGAUGACGACAUCCUCGAUGAGCCCUCCAGCCCCGAGGGAGGCCGGAAGGCGGACGCCACCAUUGUGGUCAAGAGCUACCGGCCCGCCCAGGUCACCUGGAGCCAGCUCCCGGAGGUGAUGGAGUUGGGCAUCCUGGAGCAGCUCUCCACUGAGGAGCGCAAGAGGCAGGAGGCCAUGUUUGAGAUCCUCACGUCCGAGUUCUCCUACCAACACAGCCUGAGCGUCCUGGUGACAGAGUUCCUGCAGUCCCAGGAGCUGCGGGCGACCAUGACCCAGAUGGAGCAUCACCACCUCUUCUCCAACAUCCUGGACGUGUUGAGUGCCAGUCAGAGGUUCUUCGAGGACCUGGAGCAGCGGCACAAGGCCCAGGUGCUGGUGGAGGACAUCAGCGACAUCCUGGAGGAGCACGCCGAGAGGCACUUCCACCCCUACGUCGCCUACUGCUCCAACGAGGUCUACCAGCAGCGCACGCUGCAGAAGCUGACAAGCAGCAACGCCACCUUCCGAGAGGUCCUGAGAGAGAUUGAGAGGCGGCCGGCGUGCGGGGGCCUGCCCAUGCUCUCCUUCCUGAUCCUGCCCAUGCAGCGGGUAACCCGGCUGCCCCUCCUGACGGAUACGCUCUGCCUCAAGACCCAGGGCCACUCCGAGAGGUACAAGGCCGCCAGCCGCGCACUGAAGGCCAUCAGCAAGCUGGUGAGGCAGUGCAAUGAGGGGGCCCACAGGAUGGAGCGCAUGGAGCAGAUGUACACACUGCACACACAGCUGGAUUUCACCAAGGUCAAGUCCCUCCCCCUGAUCUCCGCCUCGCGGUGGCUGCUGAAGCGAGGGGAGCUGUCCUUGAUGGAGGAAACCGGACUUUUCCGAAAACUCGCCAGCCGGCCCACGUGCUACCUGUUCCUGUUCAACGAUGUCCUGGUUGUGACCAAGAAGAAGAGCGAAGAGAGCUAUGUGGUCCAGGACUACGCCCAGAUAGACCACGUCCAGGUGGAGAAGAUAGAGCCAUCGGAGCUCCCCCUGCCCGGGGGUGGCAACCGCAGCUCCUCCGUGCCCCACCCCUUCCGGGUGACACUGCUUCGCAACAGCGAGGGCCGUCAGGAGCAGCUCCUGCUCUCCUCCGACUCCGCGAGUGACCGGGCGCGGUGGAUUGUGGCACUCACGCACAGUGAGAGACGGUGGCAAGGCCCUGCCAAGAAGGGAGACCUGCCCCAGGUGGAGAUCACCAAGGCCUUCUUUGCGAAGCAGGCGGAUGAGGUCACGCUGCAGCAGGCAGACGUGGUGCUGGUUCUUCAGGAGGAAGACGGGUGGUUCUAUGGUGAGAGGCUCCGGGACGGAGAGACGGGCUGGUUCCCCCAGGACUUUGCCCGCUGCAUCACCAGCCGUGUGGCCGUGGAGGGCAACGUCCGCAGGAUGGAGCGUCUGCGGGUGGAGACGGACGUGUAGCCCGGGCGAGGCCAGCCGGCGGCAGCCCAGCCUGUCCCCAGAUCAGCAAGUGGCCGCGCCUGGCUCCCGAGAGUGUGCAGGGCUUGUCCCAAGGACCCUGCAUGUUCCCUGGGGCUUCCCGCGACCCUGUGGCUGUGGUGCCCGGCUCUGGACACUUCACGGAAGGAAGAUCACAUGUGCCCCGAGGGACACCCCCAGGCAAGCUCAAGGGAGCUGUGCCGCGUCCCAGGGAGCCCAGCCUAGUCCCAUGGGCUGGCCGAGCCCCUCUCAGCUGCUGGGUCCCACCACCUCCCUGCUGCACCCACGGGGCAACUCCACCCUGACUGACGGGCACCGGGGCAUCUCAGGAUUCUGCUCCCAGGUUCCCCCUCUUUGCCAGGACCUUGGCCAUGCCCCACCCUGCGAUUAUUCGGAACAAUAUGAGGUCUCCUCCCAUGCCCUUCCCACCCCCACGUGGGACAGGAAGGACCCUGAGGGUCCAGGAGUGUCCCGACUUCUGAGAGGAGGCCGGCCGGAGGGAGGGGCCUGCAGGGCCGGCAGCGAGAGCUCGGGGUUGAGGUUUUUAAACACAUUAAAGUUAUUUCUCUAGGACCUG